AUGGAAGUAGUGGAUCCUGAUGAUGAAUGGACGGGGCGCUUCUCCGACUUUCGGUUUCGCACGGAAGUCUACCACUGUUACAGAAAAGGCCGGUGGGAGGAGUCAAACUCUGCCCAAGCCACUCCCUCAGAGUCAAGCUUCACCCCCUCAGCCUCAAGUCCCUUUUCCUCUUCGUCUGACAAUAUCACCUCCUCUACCACCACCACUGUCACCUCUCCCUCUGUACCAUCUACUGACACAUCCUUUACAUCCACUGAUGUUCCACCCAUCUCUACAUCCUCCAUUCCCCCUGCCUCCUUUUCUGUCACCACCACCACCCCCACCACCACCACACUUCCCACCAAAAACAUCAAGAAAAAGUUUGGCGACUUCUUUGCCUUCAAGAGGGCUCGAGCCAGCCGAGCUGCCAAGGCAGGAGGGGGAGAUGGAGGAGGAGAGGGCGUGAAGGUCAAAAGGACCUCCAUUGCAGACCUCAUUCGACCCCUCCGCGAGGCCAAAGAAAGGGAGAGAGAGAGGGAGAGAGAGAAGGGGAGAGGGGCAAGGUCAGUGGAAGAUGCUAACGUUUGUAAUGAUGCCGCCACCACAGAAGGAACCGUUGCCACCAGCCACCAUCUUGCAGGCGAUGUGAGGGGAACGAUGGCGUCUGCCAAGACAUUAACCACGAUGACGCCUCCCAGUGACACCACUCCCUCUUACCCCACUAUCGCCACAAGCCCUGACCUCACCACCGCUAUUUCCAACCUGGAAGAAGAGGCGGCUCCUGGCUUGCCAGGUCGCACCCCCAGUCCUGUGGUCUCUUCCCCUCUCACUGAGCAGGAGAGGAGCAGUGUGCUGAUGAAGGAGAUGAAGUUGGGAGGGACUCCAUAUGGAGAGAGGAGACUAAAGGUAACCAAGAGGUCGCUGAGGGAGGGCAAGAGCCAGAGUCUCAUACUGCUGACUGGAUUGGAGCCUGAAGACAAGGAUGACACACACAGUAAGAAACAUGCGUCUGAGAACACAUCUAGUUUUGAACAGAGGCUUCAGGUGAUGCUACAUAGAAUGGGCGUGGCCAAAACGCCACCUGCUGACACCAAGACGAGCCAGAAAAAAGACGAGGAGCUGAGAAAGGCCAACUCUGAAGGUGCUAUCCUGGACAAACCGGAACCACCUCCCACAUACAUGAAGCCCAGAACCAUGUCCACAUCAUCAGCAGACCCUAGGCAUCCAAUGAGAGCACUGGACCCCAUCCGAACCGAUCCUCCCCUUCACCCGAAGCCCGCCCUCCCCGAGCGCCCCAUUGGCCCCCUUCCACCCAAACCUGCCAUCGCAGCCAAGCCUCCCUUCCCCACCCCGGCUGCUCCUGCAGGAGGAGGCAUCUCAGUAGAGAGAGUCCAGCUCAGAGCACACACUCAUGAUGGCAGGCCGGGGGAGACUACAGCACAGGUAAUCCAGCACUCCUUCAGUGCUGCUGGGAAGGUCACUCAGAUGUAA